AUGUCGGCGCAAGUUAUCUCCAACUCUGGUCAUGAGGACAUGAUUCAUGAUGCUGUCCUCGACUACUACGGCCGCAAGCUAGCUACAUGCUCUGGCGACAAGACGAUCAAGAUCUUCGAGAUUGAGGGCGAAACCCAACGAUUGGUUGAGACCCUUAAGGGACAUGAGGGUGCUGUUUGGUGUGUUGCCUGGGCGCAUCCCAAGUACGGCAACAUCCUGGCGUCGGCUGGUUACGAUGGCAAGGUCUUUAUCUGGAAGGAGCAGGGUGGACAGAACAACGCAUGGCAGCGAAUCUACGACUUUCCCCUACACAAGGCCUCGGUCAACAUUGUCUCUUGGUCUCCCCAUGAGGCUGGCUGCCUGCUAGCAUGCGCCUCUUCCGACGGCAACGUCAGCGUUCUCGAGUUCAAGGACAACAGCAUCGACCACACCACCUUUGCUGCCCACGGUCUUGGCGUCAACUCCGUUUCCUGGGCACCCGCUACAACCCCCGGCAGCAUUGUUAGCAGCGCCCCUGGUCCUGGUGCUACCGGCAACCGUCGAUUCGUUACUGGUGGUAGCGACAAUGUCCUCAAGAUCUGGGCCUUUGACCCUGCUUCUCAGACCUACAAACAGGAGCGCGAGCCCCUGACUGGCCACACCGAUUGGGUCCGCGACGUUGCCUGGUCCCCUACUGUUCUCCAGAAGUCCUACAUUGCCUCCGCUUCGCAGGACAAGACCGUCCGUAUCUGGACAUCCGAUCCUUCAAGCCCAACUCAGUGGGAAUCUAAGGUCCUCCCCUUCGAGGCCGCUGUGUGGCGAGUCAGUUGGUCUCUUAGCGGUAACGUUCUGGCUAUCAGUGGCCAGGACAACAAGGUGUCUUUGUGGAAGGAGAACCUCCGGGGCGAGUGGGAGUGUGUCAAGACGAUUGAGGAAUAG